UCAUCAUGAAGCUCGCAGUUUCGUGCUGCUUACCUAGUCUGUCCUGCCUCGUCCCGCUCGGCGAGCGACUUCGGACGUUAAGGCUGGGAUGCAUGAACUCGGCGCCCUCGCCGCGCGCCGCCGUAUCAUUUUCCGGAUUUAAUUCCGGUGGAGCUCCUCCUCUCUAGUGGCGGAGGUGAAGGGGGGUCCUGCGGAGUUGACGCAUCCCACCGCAAGCCAUGCUCUACCACGUUCCUGGGCUGGCGUUAACUGUCCAUGGCUGUCUACUGGCCAACUGGACCUUGGACCGCCUGGCUCCGUCAUGGCCUUCCUUGGCUGAGCAAGGUGUGCUGUGCGGCCUUUUCUGGCCCCUCCUCGGCCGUCUCGGUUCGGCUUCGCGCCUGGUUCGUCCCGUCAGAGCUCAGGGCGCGCGUUGGGGCUCGGGCUACUGUCCGACGGGGGACUCGAUUGGCACGGCAGUGGCAAGGCGGCCCUGGAGACCCAUUGAGAGGCCCCAACAGUCGGACAGCCUCAGUUCGUGGACGGCGGAAUCCCAACGGGGCAAACCACGGCGACGGUGGAAGACUGUGGAAGUCGGAAUGGUUAGAUAAUGUAGGUAUUCAUGUACAUUACUUGUCCGCCGCGCAGACGCCCAUGCUUGGGCAUGCUUGGGGGAGUCCCUGUUGAGUUGUUGUGUAGUGCGGGCAAUCUUCCCGCCCCUCCAAGCCUCCAGCCAGUGAUAAUCAUCUCCUCGGGAUGGGCCAAGGAGAUAUCCCCCGCGGGAUCAUCGGGAUGGAUGGGGUUGGUUGGAGGUGUUUUUUUUUUUCUUCCUUUGGGGCAGCAACGCCACGCUACACCGGGGAAUUCAGGGCAUUAGUAAGGUCAAACAUGGGGGUUCAAUGCCCCAGGAUUGACUCCUGACGAAACACGGCCGCGGCGCAGCCGGAUGCUGCUUCUAACAGCGCAUGUUUUGCCUGAG